UUCGGACCGCGAAGCAUCGCCGAUUGCAUUUUGCAGCCACUUUGAAAAUACCUAUAAUAUACUCUUUCCUCAUCUAUCAUUCUUCACAAAAUUUAUCAGCUGUGCUGGUGUGGACCGAAAUCAAUGACUAUAGCAAAAUCUAUGGUGUGCCGGGUUACGUUUUCUUACUUCAGAAAUAGUGCAUGACAUUACUAUUUGGAAUAAGGUAUCUAGUACAUACUUGCGGUUCCCAAAAAGUGUGAUUAGCGAUUACCGGGCCGAUAGACAUGGAAAAACAAAGGGUCAAUUAAGUUGGGCAACAUGGGCUCCACCGAUUUGUGGGUUAGAGAAUUAGCAGCCCGAUAUGGGGUUGUAUUGAUUAUAGUCAUCGUGAUCGCUACGUGGGCUUAUUCGAGGUGGUCGAAAGUUCGUCAAGUUUGGUACCGAGAUCACCUCGUCGGAUUCGAGACAGAAUGUUCGAAUUUGGCCAGCUUUUACAAACGCCGACUCUUCGAGCCCCUGCAUAGUAUGGUUUCAGUCGACCGUGCUCUUCGUGAUUUGGGACGAAUUCGCAUACUUGAGAUUGGCGUGAAGACAGGUGAGAAUAUCCCCUUCUACCCAGACGCCUGUCACCUGAUAGGGGUGGAUUGGAACAGAAAAUUGGCAGACUAUCUCUUCCACGACGACAAAGCCUGGCGCUUCCAACACGUCUUCGUCGAGCAGACUCUCGUCGGCGACGGAAGUCGUCUGAGCCGUGUGAUACCUUCCGAAAGUAUCGACGCCGUUGUCACGACUAGGACAUUGUGUUCGGUCAAAUCACCUUCUGCCGUACUUCGCGAAAUCCAGCGAGUUCUAGCGCCGGGCGGUACAUACUUUUUUAUGGAACACACGCCAGACCCUGAACGAAGCACGCUGAUUUACUGGCUACAAGCAUUUUGGUCUCGAUCUGGAAUUUGGCCCUCCCUCUACGGCGGAUGUCGUCCAGAUUUCGACCCAAUUAAAAGCAUCGAAUCAGUUGGCUUCAAGGAAGUUCGCUGGGGUCGGGCAACUCUACACGGUGACGUCUCAAAACCCCAUCAUCUUGCCCUAACUCGUCAUCACAUAAUCGGCACGGCAAUUCGAUGACCGAUUAUUGAUUGCGAUCUGAAGUUGCUGAUCAUGUAUAAUGUGCACAUGUGUACGAAGCUGAUGACAUUUUUUGUUCGAAACUCUACAGAAUUACUGUAAAUAAUUCUCCAACUUAACGUGGACAUGAUGCAAUUUAUUUUACAGUACAAAAAGAGUUUCCAGUUUCCGAUA